UCGCCCGAGGUCGGUUCUUUUCUACGUAGCAACGCCACUGCCAAUAAAUUUAUUGCAGCUAUCUGUGCUGGACCAAUCGCAUUGAAAUCUCAUAAUAUCUGUUUGGGUCAAAGGCUUACUUCCUAUCCGUCAAUGAAGGAUAAAUUUGAUGGUUAUGUUUAUGUCGAAGAGCCUGUUGUCGUCGAUGGAAAGUUAGUUACUAGUCGAGGGCCGGGAACAGCUAUACAAUUUGCCCUCAUGUUGGUGGAGCUUCUCGUUAACAAGGAAACAAGAGAAAAACUGUCUAAUGGAAUGCUUCUUUAA